CUCGCAACGCUUCGCCGUCCACCACCCGCAGUCCGCACCUCAGCUGAGCUCAACAUUCCCUUGUCCGACCACAGUAUUGGCCCAGUAUGGCGGCGAAGACGAAACACAAUCCGCUCAAUGCUCCUCAUACCGCGGGCAUCUACGCCGACCUGUCCAUCGACGGCCCCGACAUUGGCACCCUAGUUGCGAUUGUCGACCGCGCAAAGAACCUGCCCAACCGGAAGACCAUCGGCAAGCAGGAUCCCUACUGUGCAGCGCGCUUAGGCAAGGAAGCCAAGAAAACGGCAACGGACAUACGAGGCGGACAGACCCCCAAAUGGGACCAAGAGCUACGCUUCAAAGUCCACGAGGGCCCAGACUAUCUGCAGCUCAAGAUCUCCGUCUUUACAGACGACAAGCGAACAGAUUUGAUUGGCGAAGCAUGGAUCGACCUCAAGGACAUCAUUGUGCCUGGCGGCGGCCAGGGCGAUAUCUGGCAAACAUUGACUUGCAGGCAGAAGUAUGCCGGAGAGAUCAGACUGGAGAUCACGUACUACGACACCAGGCCGAAACCAGAGAAACUCAUCGCCAAACCAAGGGCGCAGCAAGCGUCGACAGAGGGAGAUAAUGGGUCUACAAGGCAGAGGGGCCCCGUGAAGCGACGUCCGUUGCCUUCAGACCCCGUCACUGGCGAGGCGCCGCCGCAACCAGCAGCCGGUGCACCACUCCCUGCGCCAGUUGCACCACCUGUGCAAGCACCCGCAUCCGCGCCACCGCCACAAGCGCCUGCUCCAAUGGCACCACCGGUCCAAGAACAGUACCAUACGCCUCCUCGCGCGCAUGCGAAACAUGCAUCGCACUCGGGGUACGUGACCAAUAACUCCCCACUGCAGAGCAUUGAGUAUCAGACACCACCGUCGGCACCACGGUAUCAGCACCCUGAUCAGUACGCGCACCAUCACUCAGGUUCUCGAGUCGAGCCUCUGCGUCAACCGCAGCGCCAAUACGACGAGAGGGACCACAGCCCUCGGGGACAACCUCUACCGGAGCACUACGAUUUUUUGCCAUCUACUCGAGAUGACCAUCGGCACCAGCCAGCCCCCGCGGAAUAUGACCGCCCUCCACCGCCACCGGCGCAUCGCUCAGCCUUUCCUGGCGGACAUGAGGUGGUGCACAGCCGCAGCUUCGAAGCGCCUGUGCAGAGGGGAUCUCCCAUGGACAUGAGACACGAUGUCCUGAGGAACGAGGCUCAUCGCCAUUCCAUUGCCGCUCAGCCUGUCUCUCGCCCAGUCUUCAGACCAUACGAUUCGGCACCUGCCACCAACGCUAUCCAGCCGCCUGCUGCACCGGUUUAUGAAGAAGUGCAACCAAGGCAUCAGUCUUAUGACGCGAGCUACGACACGCAUCCGCGCUCGAUGCAAGCAACUGUGGAAGACGUGCCCGAAUCUCCCAAUUACGGUCAAGGAUACCGCCGCAGCAGUCGGGCCAGGCCCGAGGACUCCAAUUACGACCCUGCAUCAAGCCCUGCGCCGCUGAACUUGAGUCGUUCACCCGGGCCCUCGCCUAUGCAUCAAUCCCCCGGCCGUCUAGAGUACGACGAUCUACGGUAUCAGCCUGCUAGAUCGCCUGCGGCGACUCAGGAACUCUCAACGAGUCCGGGAAGAGACCCAUAUUACCAACCUUCCAGCCAGCCGCCAAGCCAGCAGGCUCAAUACCCUCCUUACGAUGACGAGUUCUCCCACCAUAUGCGACGACCCAGCAACAGCGGCUUGUAUGAGCCCCCCGCGUCACUGGUUCCAGGUGGUGUAGACCCCAGCCUCGCGUUGGAACUGGCGGAUCGUAUUCAAGAGGACCGCCGUCAGGAUCGACGAUACACCACACAAGUGUCGGGGACGCCACCCCGAGGCCGAUAUGGAUCAGAGCCGCCACCGCCUACUCAAGCAUACGGUAAUGACGUGAUGGUCCCUUACGGUUACAGCCAUCCUCCACAACCAUCUCCCGACCGAAGGCACGGUUCGGAUGUUACCUACAGUAACGUCCAAGAGCAACGCAUGGUGCACAGGCCCUCGCCUAGUCCGCCUGGAACAUCGCACCAUGUGAUCAAGCGCAAGUCCGUGAGCCCUGCACCCCCACCAUCCGACUCAAGGAGGAAGUCGGACGUUCCCUUUGGGCCAGACUCCUUCGACGCGUACAACACGACAAUUGACAACUCGCGGGAGGAGGCGGCAGGCCCCGACCCCAAUGCGAAGAUCGUGAUGCACGAUGGCAGGGAGGUCGACCCAUCGGACCACCUACCGGUAGAGUCAUGGGCGCCCGAACCCGAGCCGAAGCCGCACCAAGCCUCACCAGAGCCUCGCGCCCGGCCUGCGCCGAGCGGUGCGCAACCCAUGCCCCCCAGCGGCAGGCGUCAGCUCCGGAUCGCCGCGCGUCCGGCCCCGCAACCGGCGGCGGCGCCUCCUCACCCGUCGUACGGACCACAGGAGCCCCACACGCCUCCGACGACGACAGGUCGGAACCGUCUGCACAAGAAGACGAGGUCUUCGGCCGCCCAUUCUCCCGCCGCCAUGGGCUCGAGCCCCUUGGCUCUGAUGGAGAACCACCAGGACAGACACAGCCCCUACACGCCCACCCGAGGCUCUCAACGACCGCCUCACCACUACGACUAUCCCAAUGAGAACCAGUACAGCGCUGGGCCGCCCAUCCCAGCCAAGGUGCCUAUGCAUCCGUCGGGGGGCGCCAUGAUGAGCGGUGCCAAUGGCGCCGACAUGGCGCUGAUGCAUGAGAUGCAGAACAUUGACCUUGGGACGGGCCGUUCACGCCGACGAGGAGGAUAUUGAUUGAUGAUGUAAUAAUGUUUUCAUGUGUAUCAUAAUGAGGACCACCAGGAACGGGAAAUUGAAGGGGCUGGACUAUACACAUGCCAUGGCGUUGUUUGGAUCUAUGCAUUUUUAGAAACGGGCUAUCAGCUGCGCUGGGGCAGGACAACAGCGACACGAGUUAGACGAGCUGAUGUAGAGGAACAAAUUGAGACCAUUUCCAAUAAAAAGAAAUACAGUCCAUCCGACGUGUGUAUCCAACUGUAACAGGUCUCCGUGACUACCUUAGUGUACAUUCCCUAUAUCCCAUGACUAUGUGCCAGCCCACUGAUGCUGACCAAGUAAGAGACUGACGCCUGGUAUCGUGCGCUCGCUAAACAAUGACAUGCAUUUUUUCCCUUCAUCCCCACGCCCUGUGGCCUAAUUGGUGACAGCAUUACUCAACGACCAUCUUGUUCAAAAUCUU